AUGGAUCAAAAUAAACAAGGAGAGGGAGAGGUAACUCAUCUCGAGGGUCCCCCAAUUCAACAAGGGAAUCAUCAAUUCGACACCCUUUCUCCGCAAUCUUCAUUACCAGCAUGGAAGCCAUCGCAGAGGAAACAGCCAGAGGGCGAUACAGCUCUUGCUUUAUUCCAAGAUACGGAACAAUUACAUCAAGCGAUUGAUCCUGUCGAAGAGAGGAAAUUGAUUAAGAAAAUCGAUAUGGUCAUUUUACCUUGUUUAGCUAUCGAUAAAACUACUCUUUCGUAUGCCGCCAUCUUUGGUAUAAAAGAUGACCUUCAUCUCGAAGGAACAAAAUACUCCUGGCUUUCAAGUAUCUUCUAUUUUGGCUGGCUCGCCUGGGCCUUCCCCACCAAUUAUUUGAUGCAGAAGUUUCCGGUCGCGAAAUACCUCGCUUUCAAUAUCUUCAUGUGGGGUGCUCUUCUUAUGUGUCAGGCCGCCGCACGCAACUUCACCGAACUUGCCGUGCUCCGCGCCCUCUCCGGUGCCGCAGAAGGCUGUAGUGAUUCCUCUUUCAUGAUCAUUACAUCCAUGUGGUACACGCGACGCGAGCAACCGAUCCGAAUCGGCCUGUGGUAUUCCGCCAACGGUGUGGGAAUUGCACUCGGAGGGCUCAUCGGCUACGGGAUCGGAAAUAUCCGCGGGUCUUUAGCGUCGUGGAAAUAUGAAUUUUUGAUCGUCGGAGCUUGUUGUUGUAUAUGGGGAAUUGUCUUGUGGUUCUUCCUACCUGACAGUCCUGUGACGGCAAGGGUGUUGAGUAUUGAUGAGAAGCGGAUGGCGGUGGAGAGAUUGAGGGAAAAUCAAACGGGAGUGGAAAAUAAAACCUUCAAAUGGAAACAGGUAAAAGAAUGGGCGGGAGAUUACAAAACUUAUUUGUUCUUCUUGAUUGGACUUGUGGCGAAUAUUCCGAAUGGAGGAAUUAGCAAUUUUGGUACCUUGAUCAUCAAAGGGUUUGGAUAUUCAACUUUGAUAACAACCAUCAUGCAAAUCCCCUACGGUGUUCUCAUUGCCCUCAGCAUCCUCCUCUGCGUCUUCCUCAACGAUCGCUUACCUCCCAAUAACCGCUGUAUCAUGAUCCUCAUCUUUCUCCUCCCCAACAUCACUGGCGCAUUCGGACUUCAAUUUCUGCCUCAGACUCACCAGGUUCCUCGUCUCAUAAUGUAUUACCUAACCGGGCCCUACAAUGCCUCUUUCGUAUUGUUACUCUCAGUACUGUCGGCCAAUACCGCGGGCCACACAAAGAAGAUCCUCACGAACGCGACACUUUUUGUAGGUCUUUGCGUGGGGAAUAUUUCCGGUCCGUUCUUUUAUAAGAGUUCUCAGGCUCCGAAAUAUCAAUUGGGAAUAUGGAGUAUGAUUGUGGCGCAUUUAGCGGAAGCCGUGUUGAUUAUAAUUUUGAGAUUUUUGUUGAAGAGGGAAAACGAGAAGAGGGAUUUGCAGCAGGGAAUUGAUGUGGCGAGUGGGGUGAGAGAGGGGCAGGGAGAUGAAUUUGCGGAUGAGGAUGAGGAGGAAAGGAGAAGGAGGGAUUUGGAUGAUACUGCUUUUGCAGACUUGACAGAUAGGGAGAAUGAGAAUUUUAGGUAUAUCUUUUAA